CUUCUAAGCAGCAUCGGUUAGUCUUGUCUCAAAAUUCGUUUAGCUAAAUUGUUCAUUAAAACUGGCAAAACUCAUAACCCCCUUCUUAUUAUUACCUUUCUGACGUUGUACUAAAUACUCAAUACAGUACACCACAUAUAAUUUCGAAAUGCUUUUGGCCCGUUUAAACCAUGUGCUGUCAGGACGACCGAUGCGGCUUUUGGGCCAGUCUGGAGGUCCUCGCCUGUGGAGCUCCGCCCAUCCGCAGAUGAAGAGUAGUUCCUUAAGAACACCUUUCUUGGCUCAAGGAAAGUCAGUGAUUCCUAAAAGGAAUAUGCAAGAGCUUGGGAUGAGAAAGUACUCCAGGGAGUCGAGAGAUCGCGAUCGUUCCCAACUGGAGAGUCGAACCAGAGGUCCCUCCCUCAAGGAGCGCAUGAUGGGACCUCCCAGUGAAAAUGCCUACUCCAUGGGCAAAGGAGCGGCUGCUGGAGCGGCUCUGAUGGGUCUCGUGGGUCUGUGUUACUAUGGCCUGGGCCUUUCCAAUCAACCGAGUAUCUACGACCACUCGAUGGUGUGGCCCCAGUACGUGAGGGAUCGUAUUCAUGCCACCUAUGCCUAUUUCGGAGCAUCCUGUGGUGUAACAGCUGCUUCAGCCGUUGCCUUUUUCCAAUCGGAUGCCAUGAUGGCACUGAUGACGCGUUCUGGAUGGGUUGCCUCACUGGUUACCCUGGGACUGGUAAUGCUCAGUGGAUCCGUUGCACAAGGCAUUGAAUAUCAGCCAGGUUUCGGGGCCAAGCAGCUGGCCUGGCUCGUCCACUGCGCCGUUCUGGGAGCUGUCCUGGCGCCCAUGUGCCUCCUGGGCGGACCCAUUCUGACCAAGGCGCUGCUGUACACCAGCGGAAUCGUGGGUGCCCUGUCCACGGUGGCUGCUUGUGCGCCGAGCGAAAAGUUCUUGCAUAUGGGCGGACCGCUGGCCAUUGGACUGGGCGUGGUCUUCGCCUCUUCGCUGGCCUCCAUGUGGUUGCCGCCCACUACUGCAGUGGGGGCGGGACUGGCCAGCAUGUCCUUGUACGGCGGACUGAUCCUGUUCAGCGGAUUUCUUCUGUACGAUACCCAACGGAUCGUUAAGUCGGCGGAGUUGUAUCCCCAGUACAGUAAAUACCCUUACGAUCCAAUUAAUCAUGCCCUGGCCAUUUACAUGGAUGCGCUCAACAUCUUUAUCCGCAUCGCAAUUAUAUUGGCUGGAGACCAAAAGCGGAAAAACUAAUCUAAAUUUAAUCUAUCUAAACUGGCUGGACUUUUACCACAAAUUGUAUAAUUGAAUUAGAAUUAUUCUUUUCACAUUUUGAAAUGUAUCUUUUCGAAAUUGUUCGCAGCUAAAGCACAAAUCUAAAAAACAACAUUAAAUUUAAAAUGGUUUUU